UCCGAGUGAACGCCGAAACUAGCCGAACUAGUACAAGACUGAAGAAAUCAAGAAACUAAAAAUCUGUCGUUCACCUUAGUGAUGUAAAUUUUGAAAAUUCAACAAAAUGAUAAUGUAAAAGCUUAAUAAGACAAUCUUGUUUUGAUUUUAAUUGUAUCUUAGUGAUAUUGUUUUGACUGUAACACCCAUAACUCUGUAUUUCGUCGGCAAAGUGAGAGAGUUCAGUGCGAGUGCAAGGGUGGUAACGAGAAAUGUGAAGUAUCUAUGAAGUUCAGGAUUCUAAAGCCUUUUAUUUUAUACCUAUAAUAAUGAGCGGACGCCCUAGGACCACGUCAUUCGCCGAGGGCAGCAAAUCCGUUCGAAAGACAUUCGAUAAUCAGCCACCAAAACCACUAGGAGGGGUAAAAAUCAGCAGCGACGUGGAAACUCCUAAAAAGGCCGAGCUGGCUACGGAAAAGAAGGGCGCUGCGUCGCGCAAGGACGGCUCAAAGGUGACGACUGUGGUGGCGACGCCGGGGCAAGGCCCCGACCGGCCGCAGGAAGUGAGCUAUGCCGACAUGAAGCUCAUCGGUAACGGCAGCUUCGGCGUCGUCUACCAGGCCAAACUAUGUGACACCGGCGAGCUCAUUGCCAUCAAAAAAGUGCUUCAGGACAAAAGGUUUAAGAAUCGAGAACUUCAAAUUAUGCGACGGCUGGAGCACUGUAAUAUUGUCAAAUUGAAAUACUUCUUUUACUCUAGUGGAGAAAAGGCGGCAGUGCCCGCAGCAGUCAGUACGUUGUUAAGCGCAAUGCAGUCUAUUGAAGUCACAAAGGACGAAGUGUACCUGAACCUGGUGCUGGAGUAUAUCCCCGAAACUGUGUAUAAAGUGGCACGUCAUUACUCCAAAGAUGAACAAACCAUACCCAUUAGUUUUAUAAAGCUGUACAUGUACCAGUUGUUCAGAAGUCUGGCGUACAUCCACUCGCUGGGCAUCUGCCACCGGGACAUCAAGCCACAAAACUUACUCCUGGACCCCAAGACGGGCGUCCUCAAGCUGUGCGACUUCGGCUCGGCGAAGCACCUCGUGCGCGGCGAGCCUAACGUCUCAUAUAUCUGCUCGCGUUACUACCGCGCGCCGGAACUUAUUUUCGGCGCUAUAGAUUAUACCACUAAAAUCGAUGUGUGGAGCGCGGGUUGCGUAGUAGCAGAGCUGUUACUCGGACAACCCAUCUUUCCGGGAGACUCCGGCGUAGACCAACUCGUGGAAAUCAUCAAGGUCUUAGGCACUCCCACGCGGGAACAGAUCAGAGAAAUGAACCCGAACUACACAGAAUUCAAAUUCCCUCAGAUCAAGAGUCAUCCAUGGGCGAAGGUGUUCCGCGCGUGCACGCCGCCGGACGCCAUCUCGCUGGUGUCGCGGCUGCUGGAGUACACGCCCGGGGCGCGGCUGUCGCCGCUGCAGGCGUGCGCGCACAGCUUCUUCGACGAGCUGCGCGAGCCCGCCGCGCGCCUGCCCAACGGCCGCGCGCUGCCGCCGCUGUUCAACUUCACGGAGUACGAGCUCAACAUCCAGCCCAGCCUCAACGACUUCCUCAAGCCGCGCGCCAGCCCCGCCGCCGACACGCCCUGUGCCAGCCACCAGCCCGAGCUGGACCAGGACUCCGCGUGCGAUAAUGCGACAGCGAGCGGGCCGAGCGGCGGGUCGCCGAGCGCGUCGUAGACGGCUUGUUGUCCCGCUCCCACGCCGGCUGGUGGUCCCGCUCGCACGCCGGCGCCGGCGAGCUCCCGCGGACGGGACAGUGAUAUCGUCGCCCGGUGGUGGACGACAACUGGUAUCAUUGGCCGCGAGCCGAGCGAACCUCUCCGAUACGGAUUUUAGAUUGAGAGUCAUUCGUAUGCUAACUAGAGAUAGUCCUUUUUAUUGGCCGUCGGGGAUAAAUUUUAUGCAUAAUAGGUGUUUUCGGCGAGUUAUCGUGUGAUACUGUAGUGUGAUUGUCGAUAAAGCUUGAGCUGUCGUAGUCGGUGAGAAGGGUAAAUCCGCUGUAGAUUCUAAACCGUCGCGAUGUGAUUACUUUGUACUUUUGUAAGCUCAAAUUGUCUCUUUGUGUACAUACCUUAAAUGUUGAGUUGGAGAGUAAUAUUUACCGGGUAAACGACAGAUGAUCACCUGGAGCGGUUGUUUCCUUUUGUUUCUUGUACUACCGUCACGGGAUCAGUGGCCGCCGCCGGUCUGACAGCGAUACUUUAUUGCGAGCGUAAACUUGCUUGGCCGUGUAAUCAGUAGGGCAGACAUAUUCUGUAGUGCAUUAGUGUAUUUAUUGUUGGAACGUAUCACUAACUCAUAAAACUUACGAAGCGUAUGCCUAGUGUUAUUUCAACGAUGAAACUUAGCAGAUGGUACAUUUUUCGCAUUCAUAGGGAGCAUACUUGUAAAUUUUUAUAACUAGCGUAAACUGAUCUCUCGAGAUAAUUUAUAAUGUUUAAUAAUAACUCGGAAUAUUGUAUUUGUAUAAACAAUUCAGAGAAUAUAAUUUUUUUAGAUUUACUACAUUAUAGAUUUUUUUUCGGGCAACUUCUAUAUGUAAUAACAUUUUUUUUAUUGCGGUGUACCUUAUUGUCUUAUCCAAAGCUGGAUAAAUGUAAUCUAUUUGAUAGCACUGUCGAUGUCCUAAUGUAACGACAUAGUUUUUCGAUAAUAUUGUAUUCUAUAUUCAAUAAAUGAUAUUUCUAUUAUAUAAAAAAAUUGUCAUUGAAAACACUAUGGUUAUUAGUAGUCAUUUAUGAAACGGUGUAUAAAUAAAGCUAUUUUCAUUGUCAUAGUUUUUAAGUACGUAUGCGAACUAAUUUCGUUUUGCACUUCAAUUGGGCAUAAAAACAAAUUAGGCAAAGGUAGUAAACCUUUAACGUAGAGUAACGGAAUCAUUAUGCGUGGAAUACGUAGUCUCAGCGCGCGACCAUCCGCUUACUUAGACGCGAAUGCGCGCCGACUUACGAAUAGAACAUUUGGAACUUAUGCAAGGUAGGUUAAAAAUUAUAGCGUUCUUUAUCGGAAUACUUUCCCUUCUCUACUAAGAUAUUGCUUCGUGAGAAAGGUUGUCUCUUUAAUUUUCCAUUUUCUUUAAAUAUGGAUAUGUCUUUAACGAUAUAAUUGUUGUAUUUGUGUAUUCGGGUGAUGUGAUGGUAGCUCGAACACCUAAACAGCCUACGUAAUGUUAUAACCUAUCCGUUAGUAGCACGGUCACGAUUCACGUCCUAAUAAUGAUUACAGUUGAUCGAAAGUUUUAAAAGCUUAACAAGUGAAUGUUCGUCGCAAUUUCGACGUUAUAAAUAGUCAAAAUUUUGUGAAAGUAACGUAUCGUUACAUUUACAUAAACAUACGCGAUGAUUUUAUCUUUUACAUGUAAUGAAAUGUAUAUGCUAGUUUUCUUUUUCUUUGUAGCAUGCACUGCCUAGUAUUUCCAAAAUCCUCGUUUUACCUUUGAACCCUGAAACGCAAUGACUUUUAAUUAGCUGUAAAAUUAUUGUAUCUUAAGGGAUGUAUCAUCGCCAUUCGGUGAGCGCGCGGCGCAACGAUUUGAAAUCACACCUAGUGGAGCUUAGUUGUCGUCAAUAAGGCUAUUGAUUUGCUGACACCUUUAUAUGUCUUGUAAAUAUAUUAUAAUUAUCUUUGUGGUAUGACUCUGAGUGCCGUUUAUCGGUUACCGGGUGGGCGUAGGCUAGGAGGGUGAAGCCGGCGUCAGGUACUGGGCGCUGCGGUCCGGUACCGGUCGCUUGCCGCCCCGUACCGGGCGCCCGCAGCCUGCGACUGCCGGCACCGCUGCGGGCUCGGGGAAGUAGUUUAGAUACGCAUAUUUUUAUUAAGUCUAUCUAAUAUGGAUUUUGUAAUCGACGUUGCUUCUAAAGACCCUCUGUGUAAAAAGAUUAAGACAUACUAGUGACCUGAAUGUAUGAAAAUGAUGUUUAUUGAACUUUAUCCCACUGAAUUCUCACUCACGUUUUGCGUGCACAUUUACUACCUUUACGAGAAUUUCCGUAUAUAAAACACAUAGUUCGAAAUGGGGUUAUGACUUAUAAAUUAUUUAAAGUAAAAGGACUUUUUAUUAUUACUAUUACUGUAAUAUUAAAUUUAAUAGUGAGUGAAAUUUGUAUUUUGUUUUAAAAUUGUUUAACUGAAAUUGAAUACAUCAUAACACCCAUAUCGUUGUUAGUUAUGAAUGAAAAUAACAUAAUUAUAAAAGUAAAUAUUAAAUGAAUAGUA